GUCCAAUCAGAUUGGCCGGCUUUGUUGUCGCGCCCUGCGAGCGUUAUUCAAAAUGACGAAAAAUGUAGUUAAGGUAACUUGUUCACCUGCGUACAAAUCAAGUAAUGGUCAGCCUAUUCACUUACAUAUACCUGGAGAUACACCGAUUCACCUUCACGUUAAUCAGAAAACCCAAGUAUCUCGACUUCCAGAAUCUGGAAAUGUGAAGCUAACUGACAUUGGUCCAUAUCAGGCACCAUGGGUGCCGCCACCAGCGAAGACCAGUUCAGGUCGAUUUUCAUGUGAUCCAGCACGUCGUGUCACUAUAAAGCCUGACAGAAGAAAACAUCGAUCACGCUCUGCAGAAUCAUUCAGUGAGAAUUUAAAUAAGGUUAGUCCUGCUGAAUUAAAUGAGGUCGAAUCUGACAAAGAAGUACACAUUGAAUGUCCAAAAGAAUGUAUUUCAUGCAAAACAAUAUCCAAUGAAGAACAACUACUACACACUUCUGAUCAACUCAAAGAUACGCCAAAAUUGUGUACCCACAUAUAUGGAAAUAGUCGGCUAUUUGAAGGGGAUAAACUAGCCACCAAUGAGGCGUCAUUUUGUACUAGUUCACUUCUAGACGAAUGGAUUAAAGAUUUGGAUAAUGCAGUUAGUCGUGUUGCAAAAUCAGCAAGAAAUAUUGUUGACUGUAUUGAACAGGUUGCAUAUGAAGGUAGACGUGUUGAUUCACACGACAUGUUACGUCUUGUGCAACCAAGAGAUGAAUUACUGUUACAAACUGAAAUUGCUGGACGCGCAGGACGAGAAUUAUGCAGAUGGGCGUCAAGUGUUCAACAACAACAGAAUGAAAUUUUAGCCAACCGAUUAUCUCAAACACAAACACGUGAAGCUAAUCUGACUGCUGAAGUGAAACGUUUAACAGAAAAACUGGAUCGAAUGGAAAUCGAUUUAGAAGUAGCUCAAAAGCAAUUAAAUGAACAACAAAAUGAAAGUUUGAAGUAUAACACAGUUCAUGAAUCUAUGGAAAGUGUUAAGGGUCAUUUACAACGUCAACUACGACAACGUGAUUCAGAAUGUAGUCGAUUGUCUAUUCAAGUACGUAAUUUAGAAGCACGUCUAGCUGAACAACAGGCUCAAAAUCAAGUUCGACUAGAAACAGCAGAAGCUAAUUUAGAACGUAUGCGAGAAACAAAAGAAGCCUUAAAACGAGCCGCUAAAUCACAGAAACGUCGUGCAGACGAGGCUGAAGAAGCAUUUCGUGAAAUCUCACAUAAACUAGCUACUCAAGAGUCGAUUAUAGCUGGUUUUCGGGCAGAAUUAGAAAACUCUAAUCUUCGAUCUAGAAGCCGUAGUCGAGAACGUCAGUUACAUGAUGAUAUGAUAGGUGGUGGUGGUGGUGUAUUUGAUAGUAAUGGCCUAACGAAUGCGAAUAAACCAUCUGUAUACACUGAUAGUGAUAAAGAUUUAAGAGAGGAGAAUAUCCGAUUACGUGAAGUAGCCUUAAAAUGUGAGCAAAGAUUGCAUACAGCUGAAGAAGAGCUAGAACGUUUACGAACAAAUUUAUCUAAUUGUGAAACAUUAUUAUAUGAUUAUCAUGGGGAUGCUGCAACUCAAGCCAACCGAUUACACACAUUGAAUGAACGCUUAAAGAAAACUGAAGCUGAUAGAGAACGUAGUCAAAUUCAAUUAGACGAUGUAGAGAGAAGAUUAUUUGAAGCAGAAAAUCGUAAUCGUGUCUUAGAGAGCGCAUUGCAAAUGCAAGAAGCUAAGAAAAGCGAUGACCGUACAAAGUCGAGUACACCAAUUCACAAAACAACUUUAUCAUCACCAUCGAAAACACUGGGUAAACACCAACAACAACAACCAUCCAAUCUCAACACCGAUGACCAUUCAAGUCAAAAUAUUAAAUUAAAUAUAGACAGUGAUACAUCAAAAACGUUAAAAGAUCGACAAACUAAGACAACGACAAUUCAUACCACUACUACAACUGCUACUACUACUAAUAAUAAUAAUAAUGCCAGUGAUGAUUUAAUUCAAGAAUUACGACGUGAGCUAACUGAAGCACAGAAUGAAAAAAAGCAAAUAGAAAAUCGUACAGAAAUACGCCUUCAAGAUUUAAGGGCACAAUUAAAUCAAGCGGAUGCAACAAAUCGCAGCUUGCAGGCUUAUUUAACUUUCUUGAAGCGUUCUUAUGCCAGUGUCUUCCAAACUGAUGAUAUGCUUCUCAUCAAUCCGGUAUUGUUUAAUCAAAAUAAUUAUCCAGGGAAACGUACACUGGCGACAAAAAAACAAUUACCUGAGAAUAUUAUCACUACUAAUACUACUACUACAACUGCAACGAAUUAUAAUUAUGAGAAUAGUACUGGUAGGGUUACAACAGGUCGUGAGUGUGUGUCUGGUCAGUAGGGCAUAGGUACAUAUAUAUACAGAUUUCAUUGUGAUGUCACUCUGUGACUCAGCAAGGAGUAACCAACCAUCAUAGAACACAAAAGACAGCAAAUUGGUAACGUUUUAUACCGUAUAGUUUUCUAAGUGCUAAGACAAGUACUUCUACAUAACGAAUAACCAAUACUGUACACGGCGAUUAAAAGCCUAUACAUCCAUAUAUAUAUAUAUAUAUAUAUA